CAAAACAGCCCCCCUCCCUUUUGCUACGAAUUUCCAUCUUCUCAGACCGCGGAAAACUGGGGACUACGGAGAGGAAGCGACCUAGAAACGCACUGGGCGCGCACACAGAUGAGAACGCCUCGGAAAGGACGCGAAGCCGGCGUAGAUCGGGCAGCGCGGGGAACCCCGCAUCAGUCUGCCAGCGCCCUCCCUCCCUGGCUGGCUAUCCGAUUCGAGGAUCCGUCGAGCCUCUGCCCCGUCUGCUGCUGCCCUGUCGCCGCUGGGCGGGCAGGCGGCGAGGAGUGGGACUGACUUGGUCCCGGCGGUCACCAAACUCAGUGUGGCAGGGCUGGAUUCCUAAGGAUGGCAACGCUGCUGCGCUCUCUGCCUGCUGUGCUGCUCCUGCUGCUGUGUUCGGGAGCAGCCGCCUUCCGGAUAUGUGCCUUCAACGCUCAGCGCUUUGCUCAAGGGAAGGUGAACAAGCCUAGAGUUGUGGACACGCUGGUCAAGAUCCUGGCUCGCUGUGAUAUCUCAGUCUUACAAGAAGUGAUGGAUGCAAAAGGGAAGGCAGUGCCUGCUUUGAUGAAUGCCUUGCGCCAGUUUGAUGAUCUUCACAGCUACAGCUACCUCGCCAGCCCUUUGCUGGGGCGUGGAAAUUAUCAAGAACGAUAUGUAUUCAUAUACAGGAAUCAGAAGACUCAGAUACUGGACUACUAUAAGUAUGAAGACCUGCAUCCAGACCGACCUGAUGUCUUUGCUCGUGAACCCUUUAUCGCCCGCUUCAGCAUUGCAAACAAAAAGCUUCCAGAGCUGGUACUGAUCCCACAGCACACAAUGCCAUCGAAGGCUGAAGUUGAAAUUGAUGCCCUCUAUGACGUUUUCCUGAACGUUCAGGAACGCUGGGGCACCAAGGACAUGAUGUUCUUGGGUGAUUUCAAUGCAGACUGUGGAUAUGUGGCCAAGAAACGUUGGAAAGAAAUCCGCCUGCGUCAGAAACCUGGGUUUCAUUGGCUCAUUGGAGACCAAGCUGACACCACUGUUCGAGAGAAGACCCAUUGUGCCUAUGACAGGAUUGUGAUUCAUGGUGAACACUGCCUGAAUGCUGUUGUGCCUGGAUCAGCUGAGCCAUUUGAUUUCCCCAAGGAAUUUGGACUUUCUGAGGAAGAGGCCUUAGAGGUCAGUGAUCAUUAUCCUGUAGAGGUGGAGCUUGUCUCAUCCUGUAAGAAGCUUCAGCCAGCUAGUUUAGCUGGUCUGGUGUUGCUGGCCAUAGCUGUGAUUUCAGACUCAAGAUGUGGCAUCUGAAGGAAGAAGAUGGCUGCUGUGCUUAUCCUGUAGUGAGAGAAGUGGAGGAUUACCAAAAGGACACUUGCUACUGUCACAAUCAGCGCUUAAAUCAGUUAUGUUGUCUCUGGAUGCAGCUUCCCUCUGUGGUGAACCCCUGAUGUUCAGACAGUAGGCUCUCCUCAGAGUACCUUCACAUUUUGGAUUGAUCCUUCUCAUCAGGAUUGGCAGAAGGACCCUUGAGGCAGCAAAAAUGUAUAAAUUUUUCUCAUCCAGUUGAGCCUUGCCUGGGCAAAGACUCUUUGAAUUUGAGUAUCUACUCAUAUCCUUGCAUUCUGAUUUCUUGAUUCUGCUUCCUGAUUGUACUUUGGCUCAACUAGCUCAGGGAUCUUGAAUACUGGAUAGCUUCUGUCUUACCCUUAUCAGAAGCUCAACCCUGACACCCGGUUACAAAGAGAGCUUCCUCGGGCCAGACUCAUGAUCUGAGUUCAAAAAGGUGACAGCAGGACCUUCCUCAAUGAGAUUUAUAUACUGAAGCUUGUGUGCUUUCAUUGGCUGCUCCUUUGUCCUAUAGCCUAUGUUCUCUAUGUUCUAUUAUGGAGAAAAUGGACUAAAUGGCCAUGGGCACAUGGAAUCUGAGGCUGCUGUGAAAGUGUAUUUUCGAUGGGAUCAUGGUUUGGAGAAAUAUAAGAUGCAGUGAAAAUUGGCUCCUCUAUUGGGCUGGUGCCUCCACCCACACUUUGGAUAUCCUGAUGGAAGGCCUAAUCUGGAGAAACGAUUGUGCUGGCAAAGGGUUUCACUGUGAUGUUUUGCAAGUGGACAAUCUUGCAUUCUACCAACAUAAUAAGGUUUCUGCUGUAGCCUCUAUCCUCAAAUGGAUAAGACUGGGUCCUAAUGACAUCUAUGAUGUCCUUUAUCAGGACCAACCAAAAUGACACAAAGGCAUGUGCAAUAUUUGGAACUGCCCAGAACUCUUCAUCACGUGAAGUGGGGGGAAAGGAUGAGGAGAAUUCAGAAUAAUAGCUCAAAAGUUAAACUGGAUACCAUAGCCAUGAGAUUUGCAGUUUAGACUCAUUCUGGGAGAUUGUCCCAAGCAUUCUGGAACGAUGAAAUAACCCUGAACAAAAGCAUGUGGAGACAAAAAGAAGAAGAAAAAAAGCAAGAACUAGUCAUUCUUUAACCAAGCAAGUAAUGGAAAGUCACUUCAUUUCUUUCUUCCCCCCCCUCCCCCUUUUGCUAGGGAACCUCAUUUGGGCAAAAGGAUCCAGUGAAAAGAGAGAGAGAAAAAACCCCAUGACAAUAAUUAGUAUUUAGAUCACGCUCUGGAGAAUGCAAAGCACUCUACAUGUAAUAUCUUAGUAUUCCUUGAAAAGAUUAUUUAUGAAGAUUUUAUGCAGCUAUUUUGCAGAUGGGGAGUUGAAGCCGAGAGAAGUUACCUUGUCUAGGAUCACUUCCGAAUAUCUCUUCAAUGAAAGAAAUACCACAUCUUUCUGCUGCUAGUGCAAUCAUUUUAACAGUGAUCAUUUUACUAAUCCCAGAUGUACAGCAUUUAUGUGCUCCAGUAUAUAUGUGCUGUUCAGACAUAAGGAGUGAACAUGGGCUUUACACCACAGCUGAACUUCUAGGCAGUGAAUUCUGUCUCUGCCUUCCUCCAGAAAGAAUUUGCAUGUGUUUUCUGUUGCAAGGGAUAGCUUCAGUUCGGUGGAUAUCAAGUUGGACUCCUACCUCCUCCAAAAUUUGCAACAAAAAUCUGUCAGCUGGUGGGGGAAAUUAGGAUCUCAUCUCAUCUCACCCUUUACCUAAACAAGUGAUCUAUGCAGGUGAAAAUAUUUGAGUGACUCAUAAUCCAGUAACGUGUUACUACAGAAUGCAGGUGGAGUUCUUAGAGCCACAUGCUUCCCAGGACAAAAUGUCUUCAUGGGGUAAACAACUAACAUUCAAGAUAAAAGAGUAUUGGGAUCUUUUUCCUUAUUUUUUUAAAGGAAACAUAGGCUCCUUGGACUUUAUUCUGAAGCUGCGGUAUUUACAGUUUCAGAAAAACUGUACAUAUUGCUUUAUUUGUAAAACUGGGUAUUCCUGUAUCUAAAGCUCCUCUGAUAGAUACUUUCCAGUUUAACACAAAAGUAUAUUUCCUUCUGCUACAGAAGGCUUCUUGGGGGAGAAAUACCAAGUUUAACCUAUAUUUAGGUUUCCAUCGUUCCAGCUCAGGGCCAUUUCUUCCUUUUUCAGUGGAUUGCGUCUUCAGUAAGUGCAUUCAUGAAAGAUGUUCUGGAGAGUGCAUUUAAAAAGUAAUAACUGCUCAUACGUAAGCUCCCUUUUUGGUAGCCAAACAGAGCAGUUUGGCUACUGAAAAAAAAGGGUGGGCGGUGAAUAAUAAGGAACAGAAACAUCAGUAUAAAACUAUAGGAAUAGGGUACUUGAUUUUUCCCUCUUGACUAAGGGAACAUUUCAUAAAAGAAUAAUGUAUAUGUUUCGUGUGAGUGUAUGAUUCCAACCUAUCCCACUGAGCAGUGUGGACUCAUUUUGUACAGUAUAAAUAUUAUAUAUUGUACAGCACAAUGUAAGCAAUAGCUAUAUCUGAAAAUCAGCACCAAAAAUAGCAUUGAUAUUUACAAGCUGAAGUUCAGUUCCCUGUCCAGCUAAAAAGAAAUCUAGGUCUAUAUAAACAGGGAUGAACAUGUGAGCAGAAUUGUCCAUAUAGAUAAUGGUCUGUAAGCUUCCUUAGUCCUUAAUUUAUGAUUGUUUUAAUAUACAUCUGCAGAACAGAGCCUAUCUGGACUUAAAAAGAAAAAGAAAACGCUGGAAGAUAUUAGAUAAUUAUGUGAAAAAAAAUUCCUUUGGGGCAGUCUUAACAUAUUUCUGGUGAUUCAUAAAUUUCAGUGCUUUCUGCACUUUUACCGCUUCCUAAAGUUAAACACAUGAUUAAGCAAGCUUUUACUGUAAUUUUUAAUUUUAACCAAAAAAGUGUUGCCAGUUAAUAGACACUGGGGUGGAUGGACAGUUUUGUGGAUUUUAUACCAUGUACUGGUUAUUUUGUAAACUGGUGUCUUUUGGGGAAUCUGGAAAUAUAUAAAUAUGUGUAAAUAUCUAACUAAGGAAUGAACACUGGAUUAAUCAGGAACUCUUUAAUUCUCUCUAAAAUGAUGCACUGUUGUUUAAAAUGGUCUCAGCAGAAUCCCUGCUAUGUAUUGAAGAUACUCACAAAAUGUCUUGCUUUGCACUAUUUCCCAAUCGCUGUCACUCCUUAUUUAUAGGUUAGCUCUAUUCCCAUGGCAAAACCUUGUUUUUCACUUUGUUCUUCCCCAUUAUUUGCAGUCUUUUUUUAAAAACACCAUUAAUAGAAAAUAUAAUGGGCGAUCGUCAUGUUUCCAACACAGUUGUUCAAGAAGGAUCUUACUUGAUGUGGUAAAAUUUAUUAUAAGCAUGCAUGUACAUACAAGAGACCCUGCUUGGUGUAGUGGUUAAGGCACCAGGCUAGAAACCG